GAAACAUCUCACCUUACAAAAAUGAUGCAGAUCAUAAAAUGGAGGGUAGAACAGAAUGUGUCGUUUAAAUGAACACAUAUAGAUUCACUAUAUUCAAUAUUGUUUUAUAAAGGUUUCCCUGCAGUGUAAAUGCUUUUUAUUUCAUUUGACUCCUUUGAACACAGAAGUAAUUAACAUAUUUUGUAUUGAAGGGUAUCUGACAUCCUUUUGUAUGGGAUUUAGCAGCAAAAAUAAUCUUCAUUAAACCUCAGAAGAUGUCUGCAGUGCAAAACCUUUUGAAGACUACCCACACAUUUCUGAAACGUUCUCCAGUUUACAGCUCUCUCCCAAUGAGUGUCUUGUCACUUGGACUGGAGAAGUUGGCGGAACUGAAUCUAUCAUGCCCAUGCAAUGGUUGGAAUGAAGGCCUUAUAACACUCAUGUUUAUUGGACCUGCUUUAUUUUUGUGGGCAUUAAUGUUUGUCUGGUUAGCCCCAUUCAGAUCCUGCUCUAAGGAUUUCUAUGUCUGCUCCAAACGUUUAAAAGUUUUAUGUUGUGCUUUAGAAAACGGAAAGAAUAGGCAUAUACGUUUCAAAGCUUUUGCACAUAGUCUGAUUCCUUCUACUAUGUGGGUCAUUUUCUUGUUUCUUGAUGGUGAUUAUCUGGCUUGUUCCAAGACAACUUGGAUAGGACAUUAUGUUUUUGAUCAAAAGCUAAACAGAAAGUGGUGUCAACCAUCUGACCUGGCCUAUGCUGGAAAUGAGAGUGAUUUACACCAGAAGUAUCAGAAGAUUGUCGGCAUAUCUCAGGUGGUUGGUUAUACAAUGCUCGGUUUAUUAGGGUUGCUGAUCAUUUGUUUCUGGGGAUGCUACGUUAAGAUACCUAAGACUGACGUCCAGACUGAACAAGGAGAGGAUUGCAUGGAGGCUUCUGGACAAGUAGAGGAUGGAAUGGAAACUAUUGGACAAGUAGAGGACAGAAUGAGAACUACUAGACAAGGAGAGAACGACAGGGAGACUGCUGUUCAAGUAGAGAAUAAUAGGGAGACUGCUGGACACAUAGAUAAUGUAAUGGAGAUUAUUGGAGAAGUAGAGGAUGGCAUGGAGACUAUUGGACAAGUAGAGGAUGGAAUGGAAACUAUUGGACAAGUAGAGGACAGAAUGAGAACUACUAGACAAGGAGAGAACGACAGGGAGACUGCUGUACAAGUAGAGAAUGACAGGAAGACUGCUGGACAACUAGAGGAUGACAUGGAGAUUAUUGGAGAAGUAGAGGAUGGCAUGGAGACUAUUGGACAAGUAGAGGAUUGCAUGGAGACUAUUCGACUACUAAAGGAUGACAUGGAGAUUAUUGGAGAAGUAGAGGAUGGCAUGGAGACUACUGGACAAGUGGGGUAUUGCAUGGAGACUAUAAGACUACUAAAGAAUGGCAUGGAGACUAUUGGACUAGUAGAGGAUGGCAUGGAGACUAUUAGACUGCUAAAGAAUGGCAUGGAGACUAUUGGACAAGUAGAUGAUGGCAUGGAGAUUUUUGGACUAGUAAAGGAUGGCUUGGAGACUAUUGGACAAGUAGAGGAUGAAAUGGAGGCUGCUGGAGAUGUAGAGGAUGGCAUGGAGAAUGCUGGACAAGUAAAGCAUGACAGGGAUACUGCUGGACAAGUAAAUAAUGACAGGGAUUCUGCAGGACAAGUAGAGACUCUCAUUGUGGAUAAGGGAAAAGUAGAGACUUUCAGGCCGAUUGAGGUAGAGCGCCUCACGAAAAAUCCACAGGGAAGGAGAGGUGACCUGCAGACUAGGGUACACUCUAGUGCAAAAGAUCCACAGGGUAAAGUAGAGGAGGACAUAGAAGAGGAGAGUAAACACCUUUUGAGGGAGGAGGGAUCUAGUUAGUUGUAAAAAGAGGGGAAAAUAACUUCAUAUGAAUUGUUUUAUGUUCUGUAGUUCUUAGUGUGAGAUUCUGUAUGAAAUAAUUUUUAUUUUACUUUUUGUAUGUUUUUAUUAACACUUCAUCCAAAAAAGAAAAUUCUGUCAUCAUUUACUGCCAUAGUAGGGAAAAUAAAUACUGUAAGGGGGUGAGAUCUGACAUUCUUUAAAAUUCCUUCCAGUGUCUUCAGUAGAACAAAGAAAUAUAAAUAAGUUUGGAACAAUCUGAGGGUGCGUUAUUGAUGACAGAAUUGUCAUUGUUGGUUGAAGUAUCCCUUUAAGGACUUGUAAAUUUGACUCAGUGAAGCAAUAGUUGUGAAUGCUUCUUGUCUGUUGUGUUGAGAUAUACCCUUGUCAGACUGGAAUGGGAUAAUUUUUAUAAUGAGCUAUUAGCAGCUUACAAUUAUAUAUGGCUGAGAAGAAUAUUAAUGCAUUUUUUUGUAAAAAAUUGCUUGUUUUAGGUAUUUUAUAUUAUGUAUUGUAUUCAGUUGUAAUGUUUUUUUUGUCUUGACAUACUC